AUGUCGCAAGCAAAGACUGUAUUCAUAGUGUUAGGAGAGAGCAAGUUUGAUGAAGAAUGUAUCCAAUAUAACAAGCUCCUGUACUCUGACACGAGCAGAGCAGUGAGUUCACGUCCCACCAGCAGAACAGUGCAUCUGUCUGCUGUCUGCUGCUUUACUGAGCUGCUCCUCAAACGCAAAGGGGAAGAGCACGUCUUCUGGGCGAUCACCUCAAAAGUUACGUAUUAUUUAAUCGUUUCUGAUUAUUUCAGAGAUUGGGUUAACGAAAGAACGCUAACAGAUAGCGAUGAAAAGCAUUGGAAAGGCUGCUUUUCGUCCUCAGCGCUCUGUGGCAAGCAACUGCGUUCUACAGUGAACUUGGCGAUCCGGCGCAGCAGCUCAUUUACUUCUAAACCCGCAGCAUCACGUCGCGUGCUUUUCACUUCUGCAUUAAACGCAGUGCUAGCCGGACCUCUGCUGGCGAGAAAGAAGGCAGCAGGACGGAGUCAGCGCAGCGAGGAGCCGUCACCGAUCUCGCACCGCAGCCGCUCGGCGCCGUCAGCCGCAGUCGCACAGACGCAGGUGCAGCGCUGCCUGCGGAUGCGUCCCUCACGGCCGGAGCCGCGCUCGGAGCUCGAUGGCGGGAAAGGCGCCCUCACACCGCCCCCGGCCGAGCAAGCCCAGGCAGGCCCGCGCCGUCGCUUUCCCGCCGCACCUCCCCCGGCGACCGUUAGCGGCGUCGCAUGGCACGCGGCGCGCGCGCGCAGAGCCCCGCCCCGCUCGCGCCAUGGCGGCGCCGCGGCUCCGCCGCUGACGGGAGCGGGCCGAGCCCCGCCGCCUCCGCCUCGCGCCGCCAUGCAGGAGCCCGACCCGGCGCGCCCCGCCGAGGAGAGCCCGGGAGGAGUCGCGGCGGGCGGGGGCCCGCCUGGCGAGGAGGCCUCGUGGCUGCGGCGGCUGGCGGAGGAGGCGCGGAGCGGCUGGCGGCUGAGCGCGGCCCCCUCCGAGCCGCCCGCGCUGACGGUGGCGGCGGUGGAGCGGUACCUGGCCGAGGCGCCGCCCGCCGCCCCGCGCUAUUGGUACGACGUGACGCUGGCGGACGGCGCGGGGCAGGAGCGCUGCUACCUGGCGCCGCGCCUCAGCCGCCUGGUGCAGCGCGCGCACCUGCACCCCGGAGCGCGCGUGCGCCUGACGCGCUGCUCCUACCUGUACGACGAGCGGCGGCUGCGGCGCGGCCUGCUCUGCAUCGAGGAGCUGCAGCCCGCCGCGCACCCCGCCUCGCCCCCGCCCCCCGCCGCGGCCCGGAGCCUCGGCCGCGGCCCGCCGCCCCUGCGCGGAGAGAGGAGGCACUACCUGCCGCUCUGGAACAACGAGGAUCCCUACGGGGACAUGUGGGUGGCGGAGCAGCCCCCGGCGCGGGUGGACGUCGACGUCUCUAAGCUGAUUUCCCUUGGUCAGCUGGAAACGACCUGGAGAAGCAGAAUUCAUUUCCGCCCGCUGCUGGUGAGAGUCCUGCACAAGUCUAGGCUAAGGUACUACGGGAAGCCAGAGAAGAAAAUGGACAUGCCAUACCAGGCUUACUUUGAAGUUGCUGAUGGUUCAGGCAUGAUGUCCAUGGUUCUGUGGAAUUCCUUAUGUCCUGAAUGGUAUAACAGUAUAAAUGUUGGCACCGUGCUCCUCCUUGAACAGUAUGCUGUCAAAGACAGUUAUCCAUUUAAAACACAGCCAACCCCAAGAGAUUCACAGAUGAAGAGAUUUACUACAAUUGAAAUCAGCCUCAACGUACGAAACCCACCUACCAAGAUAAGUAUAAUUUCUGAGGAAAUGGUUAAGCCAGAGUGGGGAUUGCCUGAAGUUAAAUACCGGUUUGUUACAAGGACAGAGCUAAAUGACUUACCCAACAAUCAUUCCUGUGAUGUUAUUGGCCUUGUGACCUUUGUAGGAAGGGUGGAACGAACAAGAAAGAAAGAAGAUAGUGAAGACUUCUGGCUCUAUCGUUGGGCACAUGCCAUUGAUGGGACCUCAGACAAACCGUUCAUACUGGAAAUAUUUGCAACUUCUCAGCCAGAUGUAUUUGAGCGUAUUCACCCAAUGACAUACCUGGUGUGUACGCAGAUGAGGGUGGUACGGGAUCUCUCUGAGAAUCCUUCCCACACAGUUUACCUUACAACGUCAAAUGAAAGUCAGAUAUUCAUCACAGGGUGGCACAAGGGCCAGCCAUACACCAAGGAUACUAAAGUGAAAAACUUCAUUCAGUGGACUAGAACACAGAGUGAAGCUAAUCAAAUGAGGAAAACUGUCAUUGGUGGAUAUUACCCUUUUCCACGACCUCCAAAUAACUUUCUGAAGUAUUGUAAAAAUAAUAAAGUUGAAUCAGUUUUGAAAGCCAUAGGCGAGCUGGGAGAAGAGAUUGAAGGUCUGCAUUACAGGGAACACAAGCGCAUUGCUAUUCAAGGAAUAAUCAGUGCCAUAAGAUACAUCAGCUGUAGCAGUGCAGCUGAAGAUGCCUCAGGAGUGGAACCUGUGCAGAAAGAUGCACAGUUUCUUGAAAGUUCUCCUGUGUCAAAGCAAGAUGACGUUCACAAGGGAAAAACAAGAAACCUACAAGCCGAAGAACUCAGGUCUUUUCGGGAGCCAAGUUGCACUCCUAGGGAACAGCAUCAGCAUCAAACUCAACUAUCAAAAAAGAGUGCAGCCAAGAGAAGGACUCUGCACAAAUCAUGUACAGACACAGAACAGGGAACCACAUCUGCUACUUCUGUAUCCUCCUAUCCCUAUUACACACGCUCAGCUAAAAAGAAGUUAAGCUUGAAUGAAUUUCAACGUGAAGAUUCUGUACAAGAACAGGCUCCAUCAGACAGCUCACAGUGCUGCACAGACCAAGAAGAAAUAAAUGAUGCACCUGAAACUGAAGAGAUGACAAGAACCUGCAGUUCAUGGCAGAGUGACCUGUGGGCACAAGUGAAAGACAAGUUGAUGAAAUAUUUGCAUCACAGCAUGAUUUUCCCAGAAAGCAUCCCAUGUAAAUUUGAUUACAUGUACAAAGACUUACUUAUGCAACAGUACAACCUUCAUGCAGCUGUGCAUCAGCCAAAAGAAACCAGAAUAGAUAAAAAUAUCAGUGAAUUUAAAAAUACUGGUGGCUUUGGAUAUUAUGAAGUGACAGUUCUGGGUAUAAACCACGAUGUUGCAAUAGAUGUUGCCUUUCUCCCAGUGUUUGGUCAUGAAGAUCCCCACUUAUUUCCUGUAGAGGAAGUUGAAAAUGAUCCGUUGUUGUCGUGCAUGAGUUGCAUCUCUUCUUGUCAGCAGGCCACUGGCAAUGGAACGUUUUGUGACGUGUUUUCACUUUCAAAUGAAAUUGUGAAAGCAGCAAUGGACCUCGACAGCAAACAUGUUGUCUGUAUCUUGGACGUCUGUCACCUGGGUGAUGACAAGGUAGAAGUCUUUCUGAGCAAAAUCUACAAGACAGUGGAAGCCGAUGUGCCAGAUCCAGUAUAAUUUAAUAAUUUAUUUUUCACAAUUAGAUACUGUUGAAAAGGAGGGGAAUAAAACUGCUGUAACUUUAAUACACCCUCUACACACUGCACUUUUCUAGAAUUAGCAGACAAAAAAAUACCAUUCUUACAAUAGAACAAUUGCAAUGGUCAUCCACAUAAAUGAGAAGGACAGUUGUUGCCUUUAUUUGUGACAGUCAUGGAUCACAUUAUUGCACAGUGUCUUGGUCACUUGUGUUCAAGAAAGAUGAACUGGGCAAUACAGUGUGCUUUUGAAAGGAGUUUGAGAAGCACGACUGUGAUUUCUCUUUCUCUACCUAAGUACACAGAUAUGUAGGAAAUGUAUGUAUUUAGGAGAGAACUUAGAAGAAAGGUAGGCUUUCCCAAUACUAAAGGCAGUGUUUGCAAUAGAAUUAACUG